GCCCCAGACUCACCUAACCUCCCCCGCGUUGGAGAAGCAGCCCACCUUUUCGGACACGGCGCGACUCAGACCCGGAAACUAUUAUUUCACCAGGCUGCGCACCUUUGCAACUUGAACCUUGACUACUACGAAGGGUUUGUUGACAGGGUCUUGACAUUGGACGAUUCCAUCUCCCAUCACUCACCGGCACCCGCCUGCCUCCUUUCACCCCAUCGCAGCACUCUUCUUCUCCAAACCACCGAACAAGAAGUCAAGUUUCUUUUUGUAACCGUCACAAUGCCCGAGACAGGUCCCAUCACAACGCCUCUGACCACCCUUCUGGGUAUCAAGCAUCCCAUUAUGCUCGCUGGCAUGGCCCACGUUGCCGGCGGUCCCCUUGCUGCUGCCGUCUCCAACGCCGGCGGCCUUGGUGUCAUUGGCGGCUUCAUGUACUCGCCCGGCCAGCUCCGCGACAUUAUUGAAGAGAUGAAGGCCAACUUUGACCGCCCUGACCGACCCUUCGGUAUCGAUCUGGCCCUUCCCCAAGUCGGCGGCAACGCCCGCAAGACCAACCACGACUACACAAACGGCAAGCUGGACGAGCUCGUCGAUCUUAUUAUCGAAAGCGGCGCGAAGCUGUUUGUCUGUGCUGUCGGCGUGCCACCCAAGUACGUCAUUGACAAGAUGCACAAUGCCGGCAUGCUCGUCAUGAACAUGGUCGGCCACCCCAAGCACGCUGAGAAGGCGCUCGAGCUCGGUGUCGACAUGGUGUGCCCCCAGGGCAGCGAAGGCGGCGGCCACACCGGCAACAUUGCCACCUCCAUCCUGGUCCCUGCCGUCGUGGACGUUGCCAACAGAUACAGACCUGCUGCUCUGGGCGGUCUCCCUGCUCUUGUCGUUGCAGCUGGUGGCAUGUACAAUGGCCGCAGCUUGGCUGGUGCUCUGGUCCAGGGUGCCUCUGGCGUUUGGGUUGGCACUAGAUUUGUUGCAUGCACUGAAGCCUCCACUAGCGAGGAGCACAAGAAGUCAGUUGUGGAGUGCAGCUAUGACGAGACUGACCGUACGCUUGUCCUCAGCGGCCGCCCGCUCCGUAUGCGACUUAACCCCUACAUCCGAGCAUGGCACGACCAGCCCAACAAGAUUAAGGAGCUGUGCGACAAGGGCAUCACGCCUAUCGAGCACGAUCUUGAUGAGGGCAACGAGAUCGACCUGCCUCAUCUUAUGGGCCAGGUGGCCGGUGCUAUUACAAAGGUUGAGUCUGCAAAGGAUAUCGUGGAUAACAUGGUCUCCGAGGCACACCAGAUGCUGCAGGUAGGCUCGACAUAUAUUACCAGCAAGUCCAAGCUUUAAGUAGUGUGUGUUGGGGUGUUGGUGACUGGUUGCGGAUUCUGGGCGCCGCUGACUAUGUUAUUUAUUUCAAAAAAUUGAGCCCGACAUAUUGUAUAUUACUACUGAAACUGCUUUUAUCUUUUUUGGCAUAAACAUUUUAUUUUAAAUAGGACGAAUGAAUGACUACUACUAUCUCAUCACCUCUA